CUUAAAAAUGUACAACACUGGAUUUCAGUGUUAAUAGUUGGCAACCCUGACAGUUUGUAAAACUUUGUAAAACGCAACUUCCUUCUUCUGGAUUGCGCUACCGUCGAGUACAGACGUGCUUUUAUAUUCGGUAUUGUGUAAUACUUUAUUUUAAUACACAUGUAAUUAUAAUGAAUUAUAAUUAAAUAAAUACAAACACAACAUUUAUUGGCGACGAGGAUUAAAAUUCAUCAUCUGAACAUUGUAAGUGAAAAAGCAAAGUGCCGUAGUGUAAAAUCUUCAAAAUGACAAACGACAGCCUUAUACAAGAGCUAGUACAGCAGCAGCAAAGAUUCGCAGCAUCGUUGCUCGAACAGCAAAAACAGUGGAUGCAGUCAAUUCAGCAGUCCAUGUUCAACGCGGACAAUCCUAAUCGUGUAAAAGAAGCAACAGUGGUUCCACCGUUCCACGCAUUUAAUAAAGACCAUCAGAAUUGGGAAUCCUACUUGGAACAACUUUCUCAACAUUUUAUGGCCUAUUCGGUAAGCAGUCCAGACAAGCAAAAAUCGUUUUUUCUAUCAUGGGUCGGUAUGGAAUUGUUCGAACUUUUAAAGAAUUUGUUCGGCGUUGCAACCCUGCAAUCGCAAACAUACACUCAGUUGACAGACAAAUUAACGGAACAUUUCCAGUCGAAACGUCAUGUAGUCGCAGCUCGUUAUGAAUUUUUUAAGCGAGAAAUGAAGCAUAAGCAAACGCACCGAGAAUGGGUUGCCGAACUUCGUGGAAUUGCAAGGGAAUGUAAAUUUAAUUGUUCCGCCACGAACUGUUCCGCAAACUUUGUAGAUGAAAUGAUUCGCGAUCAAAUCAUACUUAACACACCAUACGAUCAAGUCCGCGCAGCCGCUCUUCAAAAAUUACAACCAUCACUAGAAGACGUACUCUUAAUAGCUGAAACAUACGAGACAACAACAAAAACAGUAGCAACCAUCAAAGAGAAUACGAAUUCAUCCACCAUGCAGGUGAACGCAAUGCAGACACGCAAAAAUUGGAAAAAAACAACUAAAGAUGAAACGAAAAGAGAACAGAACAUAAAUGCUAACGUAAUGAAACAAGUGAAAUUGAAGUCGUGUGCAGGUUGUGGCAUUUCGCACAAUAGAGAAGAAUGUAAAUUUCGUAAAGCGAUAUGUAAUAAAUGUGCCAAAAAAGGACACAUUGCUGCAGUUUGUAUGUCAAAUCAGAGCAAAAGUAUUAUAAAAAGCACAACGAUUCCAGAGCGAAAAUGGAAUCAAAACAAACAAGAAAAUGAACAAUAUGUUAGUACCUUGGAUGCAGUGAACAUUGUAAAUGGCAUAAUAGAAGAUGAAGCAAAUAAAAAAUGUAUCAGUUUAGAAAUCUUUAACAAAGUAAUACAGUUUCAAUUAGAUUCGGGCGCAACCGUUUCAAUAAUCAAUUUAAAGACGUAUAACAUAUUGAAUAGACCGAAAUUAGAAAAGUGUACAAAAACAUUAUAUGCAUUUGGACAGCAGCCUAUUCCAAUAUUAGGUGAAUUGCACACUAAAGCAAAGUGUGGAAAUAAGCAAAAGCGCAUUGCUGUAAUAGUUGCAAAUAUAGAAAAUGCUAACAAUCUAUUUGGGCUAGAUUUAUUCAAAGAAUUCGGUUUUGAAAUCACGCAAAUUGAUAAUGUAGUUGAUAAAAGUGAAUACAUCAAACAAAUUGAAGAUUUAUGCAAUAAAUACGAAACAGUAUUUGACAAUACAAAUGCUGGCGUGAUAAAAAAUUUUAAAGCAAGUAUACGUAUGCAGACCACUGCCAUACCAAAAUUUUAUAAAAGCAGGCAAAUACCGUUCGCGCAAAUGUCAAAAUUCCGUGAAGAAGCAGAUAGGCUUAUUGAUACCGGAAUUUGGAAACCAGUAAAAUUUAGUAACUGGGCGUCACCAAUCGUCUUAGCACCAAAACCAGAUGGGUCGGUAAGAAUAUGCGGUGAUUUUAAAGUAACAAUUAAUUCACAAUUACAUAUUGAGCAAUAUCCAUUGCCAACACGAGAGUCGCUAUUACAUACAAUACGACACGGUACACAUUUUUCGAAAUUAGAUUUAAAAGAUGCUUAUUUACAGAUGGAGUUGGAUGAAGAUUCCAAACAAGUAAUGGUAGUCAAUACACCUUUAGGAUUGUUCCAGUAUCAACGACUUCCAUAUGGUAUUGCCAGCGCACCCGCAAUUUUUCAGCGUUAUCUCGAACAACUUCUCAACGGUAUAGAAGGAUGUGGAAAUUAUUUAGAUGACAUUAUUAUAACCGCACCGUCAUUGCAAGAACAUGUAAAACGAGUAGAGCAAGAAGAAAUUGAGUACUUGGGUAGAAGAGUAAGCGCUAAGGGAAUCCUUCCAGACUAUUCAGGUAUUCAAGCAGUUAAGCAACUGAAACCACCUAUGAAUAUAACGCAACUAGAAGCUUUUAUAGGUAAAGUGAAUUACUAUUGCAAUUUUAUUCCAAAUUUUUCUCAGUUAGCCGCUCCACUAAAUAAGCUACGCCGCAAAAAUGUACAUUUUACAUGGGGCUCAGAGCAGCAACAAGCUUUUAAAGAUCUUAAAUUACAUAUAAUUAAUGCUACGCAGUUGGCACAUUUCAAUGAACAAUUACCAAUUACACUAGCAACCGACGCCUCAUCUUUUGGCAUUGGCGCCGUUCUUUCGCACAUUUAUCCUGACGGAAAUGAACGUCCAAUAGCAUUUGCAUCUAAAACUAUGGAUACGCAUCAACUUAAAUAUAGUCAAAUUGAAAAAGAAGGUUUAGCAAUAGUGUUCGGAGUUAAGAAGUUCCACCAAUACUUAUAUGGGAGAAAGUUUUUACUAAUCACAGACCAUAAACCUCUCAUAAAUAUUUUUAAUCCAAGCAAGCAUCUACCACAAAUGACUUCGCAUCGUAUUCAGCGUUGGGCCAUCAUACUUAUGGCAUAUCAAUUCGAUAUCAAGUAUCGUAAUACACAUGCACAUGGUAAUGCGGAUGCACUCUCUCGUUUACCUGUAAGUACCGAUAUUCAAUUUGAUACAUCGGAAGCAUGCUACAAUGUGACACACGUACAAUUACCAAUAAAUGCUAAUAUUAUUCGUAAGCACACAGAACGAGACGAAAUACUACGUAAAGUUAAACAUUUUGUUAAAUCAGGUUGGCCUACACAACUAUCGCCAGGUGAUAACGAAAUUAGACCAUAUUUUCAUCGGAGAUUAGCUUUAACUUUUCACGAAAAUUUUCUCUGCUUACACGCAAACGUAAAACGUAUUGUUAUUCCCAAAUCAUUACAGCAAAAAAUUCUAGAACUCUUACAUGAUGGACAUUGGGGAACCGUAAGAAUGAAGCAAUUAGCACGACAUCACGUUUGGUGGCCAAACAUCGAUGAUGACAUAGCCAAAGUGACAAGUCAAUGCGAAAUUUGUAAGGUUGGCAAUCCAGCUCCUACACGUCAAUACCUUAGUUGGCCAGAAGCAAAAUCACCAUGGGAACGCGUUCAUAUCGACUUCGCUGGCCCUAUAUUCGAUUCUAUGUGGCUUAUAUGCAUAGACGCAUAUUCGCAAUUUCCAUUCGUAACUCAGUUAUCGUCAACUACAACAGAUAGUACUAUACAUUCUUUAAAAUCAAUUUUUGCCAUAGAAGGUUUUCCCAAUACACUGGUUAGUGAUAAUGGACCUCAGCUAACAUCCGACGCAUUUCAACAAUUUUGCAAGUUACAUGGUAUUACGCACAUAACAACUGCACCGUUUCAUCCAGCAUCUAACGGACUCGCCGAGCGUUUUGUCCAAACAUUUAAAACCGCAGUUCGAAAAAAUAUCAAUGAAGGUCUAUCCAUCAGAUGCGCCGUAGUAAAAUUUUUAGCUACUUAUCGUUUUACUCCUAAUUCCAAUGGUAAAACACCUGCUGAACUUCUCCAUGGUCGUUCAGUUCGUACCAUGUUAACUCAACUAUUUGAGACACCAACACAGUCAAAAUCCAAGAUCGUAGACACACACAAAUUUCAACCUAAUGAACUAGUAUACGCUAGAAACUUCGCGAAAGGAGAAAAGUGGAUCAAAGGAAUUAUAAUUCAUCCGAUUGGAAAAAUGAUGUUUAUGGUAAAGUCAAACAGAGGUACCAUAAGACGUCAUAUUAACCAACUCAAACCAAGAUCAAACGAAGAAGGUAAUAACAAAACACCCAGCAUAAUACUCCCAGAUCAAUGGAUACCUGUACCUGAAUCGACAUCCACACAUUCAGCAACGGUUAUGUUGCAAGACAAGUCAAACAUACAACCAGAUAUAUCCACACAAGUACCUCAUUUUAAGGAUCAAAACAGCGCACCAUCGCAAAUAGAGGAAAACGUUGCAGAAGAUCAGAAUUCAAACAAUCCGAUUCGUAGAAGCAACCGAUCGCGACAACAGGUUACUCGUUUCACAGCUCCUGAUUUUAGAAAUAAAUAAAUUAGUCUAUAAUUAAGAGGGAGGAUGUGAUAUGAACUUAAAAAUGUACAACACUGGAUUUCAGUGUUAAUAGUUGUCAACCCUGACAGUUUGUAAAACUUUGUAAAACGCAACUUCCUUCUUCUGGAUUGCGCUACCGUCGAGUACAGACGUGCUUUUAUAUUCGGUAUUGUGUAAUACUUUAUUUUAAUACACAUGUAAUUAUAAUGAAUUAUAAUUAAAUAAAUACAAACACAACAAUUACCAAAGCA